UGCCAAAGUCCCAAAUCAGUUUUGACAGGCAACUAGUAAAAAUUAAUUCUGUAAUUCUAAAUUUCUCUGCAACUAUAAGAUAUAUUAUGUUUUAAUGUUUUAGUCCGUUCAAGGUAGAUAAUUUGGAGUUUAGACGUAAUCUAAUGUGUAGUCUUAGUUUAUUGCCCAGUUGAAGUAGUUAAUCAAUAACGCUAAAAAUGGCCUCAUCAAAUACUUUGCAAAAGGCCAUUGAUCUUGUCACCAAAGCUACAGAAGAAGAUAAAAACAAAAACUAUGAAGAGGCAUUAAGGCUUUAUGAACAUGGUGUGGAAUAUUUCCUCCAUGCUGUUAAAUAUGAAGCUCAAGGUGAAAGGGCUAAAGAGAGCAUAAGAGCAAAAUGUUUACAAUAUCUAGACAGAGCUGAAAAACUAAAAGAGUAUCUUAAAAAAGACAAGAAGAAAAAGCCUAUGAAGGCUGGAGAGUCUAACUCUAAAAGUGAUGAGAAAAAAAGUGACAGUGAAAGUGAUUCUGAUGAUCCAGAAAAGAAAAAAUUACAAGGAAAAUUAGAAGGUGCCAUUGUGGUUGAAAAGCCACAUGUCAAGUGGAGUGAUGUGGCUGGCCUUGAGGGAGCCAAAGAAGCCCUUAAAGAGGCUGUAAUCUUACCUAUCAAGUUUCCGCACCUAUUUACAGGGAAAAGAAUACCAUGGAAGGGUAUUCUUUUGUUUGGUCCUCCUGGAACUGGUAAAUCAUAUCUUGCUAAAGCAGUGGCUACUGAAGCUAAUAAUUCAACAUUUUUUUCAGUCUCUUCAUCUGAUCUUGUAUCUAAAUGGCUUGGUGAGUCUGAGAAACUUGUUAAAAAUCUCUUUGAACUGGCCAGGCAACAUAAACCAAGUAUCAUCUUUAUUGAUGAAGUUGAUUCAUUAUGUUCAUCAAGAUCUGAUAAUGAAUCAGAAUCAGCCCGCAGAAUCAAAACAGAGUUCCUUGUGCAAAUGCAAGGUGUUGGUAAUGACAUGGAUGGCAUACUUGUACUUGGUGCUACAAAUAUACCUUGGGUUCUUGAUGCAGCUAUAAGGAGGCGAUUUGAGAAGCGAAUAUACAUUACAUUGCCUGAAGAACAUGCCAGACUUGAUAUGUUCAAACUUCAUUUAGGAAACACCCGACACAUGCUAACGGAACAAGACAUGAAAGUGUUAGCAUCUAAAACAGAUGGAUAUUCAGGAGCUGAUAUAAGUAUUGUAGUUAGAGAUGCUUUAAUGCAACCCGUACGUAAGGUGCAGUCUGCGACACACUUCAAAAAAGUGACUGGACCUAGCCCUACAGAUCCCAAUAUUAUUGCUAAUGAUUUAUUAACACCAUGUUCCCCUGGCGACCCUGGGGCUAUGGAAAUGACUUGGAUGGAUGUGCCAGGUGACAAAUUAGCUGAGCCACCAGUUUCUAUGUCUGAUAUGUUACGUUCCUUAGCAACAUCCAAACCAACUGUAAAUGAUGAAGAUAUGAUCAAGUUGAAGAAAUUCAUGGAAGACUUUGGUCAGGAAGGUUAAUAUUAAUUGUAAUAAAUCUUAUGAAGCACCGAGCUUAUAUUUUCGUAGCAUGCAACUUGCUUUCAUAAGUUUCUUUGCAAUGCUAAUUACUUGGGAUAAAUGGCCUAACCAUAGGAUUGCUUAAUUAAAUACAUCUUUAGAGAUUUUUAUAUAGCCUGUUAUUCUAUACUGCAAAAAAUGAAAGCAGGAGAAUUACUCAUACAAAUAGAGUUUGCAUUAGAAAUAAAUUUAUAUAUUAAUAUUAUAAUUUGAGGUAUUCAUUUUAUUGGAAAUUAUAAGACAUAUUUUUGUAAAUUAAAUCUAAAACCAUUAUGCUUAAUUAGAAUUCACUAAAGUUUUUAAUUUAUAUAAAAAAACUGGUGCAAAUUUUCUUCAAGUUGUAUAUUUUUUAUGGAUUAUACAUUUCAUAAGCAAUCUUUUACAAAGGAGUAAUUACCUUUGCUAGCUUGGUAUUUAUGUAAACGACAAUUGAUUCUAUAAAGAAAUUUGCUUCAAAGUUAUGACUUUGAAGUUAUGCUGCAUAAUAUUUCAAGAUUGUACUAAGCUUAAGGCUUAGUACAAUCUUAAAAUACAAGUAGAUCCAUCAUUAGUUAGUAAGUUUCAAGAAAAAAACAAUUUAAAAUGUAGGAUGUAUGUACUAAUUUAUAUAUUAAAGGAAUUCUACUAUUAUGUUCAAGUAUGUAGUUGUAUCAACAAUAUAUAAUUAAAAUUGUGAUUUUAUUAAGGAUGAUCUUAUGUUUCAAUUGGGAGACCAAUGGAAUUAUGAGAGAUUUCAUGGAGGAUAAUUUUAUUUUUAUAAGUGAGUAAUAAUAAAAUAAGAGCAUCUUAUAGGUGUGUAUCAGUUAUUAAAUUUAAUAAAGUUAUAUUCAAUGAUAACACAAUAGUACAUUUGUUAUAAAGGUAUCUUGAUUAAAAUCAAAAUGAUGAGGUUAAUAUUAUGCUGUAAUUGUAUAUAAUUUAAUGUAUUUCUUAAUUUUUUCUCAAGUGUAUCUUAACAUAGAGGUAAUUUCCUUUUUUUUUAUGAA